AUGGCGCCGAGAGCAGCAGUCCACCGCCUUGGAUACGAGCGCUUCUCCUCUGCAGAGAGAACUGUGGCGCCCAUCGCCAAAGAUGAUGAGAGUGCCAGGAGAGGCUGGACAGGGUCCAUGUCGGCAUUCACUAGCGCCAUCCAUGAGCUGCUGCGCGGGUCGAGCCGGAUUCGCGGAGAUUCUCGUGCCAUGUGCGAACUGCCGCCGUGA